AUGGAUCUGAAUCGCGGGAUCUCAACUAAGAUCGUCCGAGUCAACCCGGCUACAAACUCGUCCGACGAUUCAGUCAAUUCCUUGAUUCUCCCUUUAACCUUAUUCGACUUACGCUGGAUAAAAUUCCAUUCUAAUAAACGAGUCAUCUUCUACAGACUCACCGAUUCAUCACCCGAGUCAUUCCAUAUUCUCAUCCUCCCAAAGCUGGAGCUCUCUCUCUCCCUUGUCCUAAGCCACUACCUUCCUCUCGCCGGACGCCUCACGUGGGAUCCACAAGAUUCAAAGCCGUCCAUCAUCGUCUCCAAAGAUGACACGGUUUCGCUUACCGUGGCAGUGACAAAUGCAGACUUCUCCUUUUUAGCCGGCAAUGGAUUACGUCCGGCAACCGAGUUUCGUUCCUUGGUACCUGAGUUAACAGUGUGUGAUGACUCGGCGACUGUGCUUUCUCUGCAAAUCACGUUGUUCCCGAACCAAGUAUUCUGCAUCGGCAUCGCAUCACACCACUCUGUCCUUGACGGUAAAACGUCGACAAUGUUCCUUAAAUCAUGGGCUCAUAUUUGUAGAUUACAAGAACAUAACAAAGCCAUUGAUUUCCCUCUUUUACCGGAGGAUCUAACCCCAAGUUUCGAUCGUACGGUUGUCAAUGUUCCACUUGGGCUUGAGGCAAAGAUGAUGGAACUGUUGUUGUAUCUCUCAAAGGACAUUGACAACUUUAGGACCUUGAAGCCACCUCCUAUUAGUGAGAUCAGUGCAGAUGUUGUCCGUGUCACGCUUGAGUUAACUUCGGAGAAUGUAGAGAAACUUCGCGAGCGAGUCAAGAACAACUCAGUUCGCUCUCUGCUUGACCUUCACUUGUCAACGUUUGUCAUCGCGUAUGCUUAUGCGUUGACGUGCGUGGUGAAAGCUCGUGGAGGCGACGCAAACAGACCGGUACAUUUUAUAUACACUGCUGACUUAAGUCAUCGGUUAGACCCGCAGAUUCCAACCACAUACUUUGGGAACUGCGUGUUUCCCGUAGGUUGGUUCCAGUACGAAGCCAGAACAUUUUUGGAAGAAGAUGGUUUUGUCAACGUAGUUGAGAUCCUAAGCGAUUCGCCAGGUGCACAGAUCGGAGCAGUUGCGGGAUCGACCCGAUUAGGGGUUUAUGGGUCGGAUUUUGGGUGGGGCAGACCUGCUAAGACAGAGGUUGUGUCCAUUGACAACAACGAAGCAUUCUCUAUGUCGGAGAGGAGGGAUGAGCCAGGUGGUGUGGAAAUGGGAGUAUGCUUGAAAAAGAGUGAGAUGAACAUUUUUCUUUCUUUAUUUAAAAACGGCCUAAGCGAUUAG